GGAUUUUUUAAAAAAAAAAAACUAGGACUGACACUGAGAUCACAAUACGAACAUUAUAUUGAUAUUUGGAGACAGUUACUUUUCAAGGUCCUUCUGAGAGUAACAUGGAGAAACUACCUUGGAGGAAUCACAAAACUAACCUAAGAAUACUACACAUCUCAGUGUAUAUAUAUCCCAAGUACAUUUGAAGGGGAACAAGUACAGAGUUGCAAUCAAAAUGUGUUAGAAAAGAACUGGCAAUCAAGAUUUACCUUUAUCCUUCUAAAAGAUAUGGAACAGGUCUUCAAAAAUCCAAGGUGUGUGUGUGUGUGUGGGGGGGUAAUUCCUGCUAGAAUUCACAGUGGAUUUCAAAGAAAGACUGCAAAGCACUUUGCACCAGUUGGAAGUUAAGUCCCAUAUAAUUUGAUAAGAUACUCAUAGGAUCACAAAUGCUGCACUGCCACUUAUGCACACAAAACUUGGUCAUUUGUCAGCUUGUCUGUUAACAACCGCAUGCAAGACUUUCUAAGACAUUUAAAACACCCCCCCAACCACCAUCAAGGAUUAAAAAGAUGACUUUGGCAUCCAACCAUUAUCCAACCAGUAUCUCCUUGCCUAAUAGACAUGGCAGAUUUAAUCACUCCAACAACUUAAAGUUAAUACCUUUCCCUUAAGCUGGCCUGCUUUGCCUCAAUGUUGGUAAAAAUGGCCCUUUGAUCAGCACAAUGCAAGUCCUGAUUGCCACUGAAGCUGCUAUUGGCCCCUUUAAUUAUGUACUGAGGGAUCAGUAUGGCAGCCAAAAACCUAGUUUGCAAAUACUUACAGGCAGUGUCUAUUUCUUAAUAAAAGACAUAGCAUCAAGCACGUAAAGCACACAAUCUUAGGAGAGGCUUCAAGGCCUAUUGCAAAGGUGCUGGUUGUGGAAUUCAAAUUAAAGCAUCAAAUUGCAGGGGUGGAUAAAAUCCACAAGCCAAAGAAAUGAGCUGCAGAACAUUUUUCUAUCUUUGAAAGAGGAGAAUUAUUAUUCUCCCCAUGUAUUUUUUUUAUCAGGAAACACUAUUAGGUGACCAACAUAUUUGUUACUGGCAGUUUGGUUGCAUUUGUACAUGGCAUUAAAGUCACAAUCUGCUGAUGAAGCCAACAUUGUUUGGUUCACAUUUGCAAAGUCAGAACCGAGCAAAAUAAAUGACCAAUUAGCACAGCAUAUGAAACCAAUCUUUCUCUUGCUAGCUUAUCUGAAGAUAUUUUGGUUCCCAUCAUAUGCAUCCUUUUGAUACUCUACUCCCAUUUUUCCAAGUCCUCUCAUCCAGAGCUUUUUGUUUAAACAUAUAUUGACUAGGAAUGUUACCUUUGUAAUCAAUAGAACAGGACUAUUGCAGCUGCAUCUCAGCAGGAGAUUCAUGGUUGCAAUAUUUGUUGGUGAUAUUACUCCCAAAAGACAUGCAGGUUUUACUAAGCUCUUAAGGGAAAACCUGGAAAAAGGGAGAAAUUUUGUAUUUGCCAACCUAUAAAGCUUUGAAUUGGUAAGUAGAAAAAGAGGUGACCCAAUUUGCUUUUCAUAGCCUGCAUUUUUCACACAGCCUGCUUUAAAACAAUAAAAAAAAUCCCAAUGUGAUUACAGUACCUUGCUGUAACCCACAAAUAGGAACUUAGAUUUUUAAGCAAUGAAAAGUGAAUAUACGUUGCCCCAAAGAUGCUGUCAUUAUGUAUGUCUUUUAACUCUCCAUUAUUCCAAUUUAGGAAAGGGGUGCUUCACCUUGGAAACACACUACAAUUAAAAAAUAGAUUCAUCUUUUAAUAUCCUAUUUGCCUGGUAGUUGUGAAAAUAUAGAAUGAGCCAAAUUUGAGCAGCAAAUGUAAACAGGUUGAAUCCCCAGUAUUCUAGCUGGCUUAUAGCAGUAAAAGCAGUAAUGUCAGAUAAACUUAACUUUUACACAGCCAAAUGAGUACAGCAUGGAUGUUUUUUGUACUUUGCACUAAAAAGGCACCAGUAGUUAGAUAUAAACCCCUCCAUUUGGAAACCUGUGGGUUGCUUGCUACUGUAAUUCUAGGAGGCCUCUUGGCUUUUGAUAACCUCCCUGUUUUAGUAACCUGCUGGAGAAGAGCCCUCCGUUUCUGGAGAUCCUUCCCUGUUCCUUCUUGCACAAGGGUACCACAAAAUGCCCUCCACACCUGGACAAGGCUCCCCCCUCCUCCCCUCGGCCGUUGAAGUUCUCCCUCAAGAGGUAAAACUGACUGCAAUUAUGUCUUUUUAUCUUGCAGACGAUCUUUCGCCCAGCGCUUUAAGGAGACAAAAAUAUUUGUUUGAUGUAUCGACUCUCUCAGACAAAGAGGAGCUGGUGGGGGCCGAGCUCCGUCUCUUUCGGAAAGCCCCCGGCGAUCCCUUCUCCAAGGCUCAGACAGGCCUGGCCCGUCUGCAGGUCUCGCCCUGCCUUUCGGGCCGCCGACUGGACUCCCGGACCCUGGACUUGCAGGAGGCGGCGCCCGGCCGGCCCGGUGGCGUCGGCGGCGACUGGGAGGUGUUUGAUGUGGGCCAAGCUUUACCGCCCCUCCGCGGGCCUUGGAAGAAGCGGCAGCAACUUUGCCUGGAGCUGCGGGCCGUCGGGGGGACUCGAUCUCAGCCUCACCCGCAGCUGCUGGACCUGCGGCCCCUAGGCCUGGGGCGAGGCGCCCGGGCCCAGCAGGAGAAGGCGCUGCUGGUGGUCUUCAGCAAGUCGAGGCGGAAGAACCUCUUUGCCGAGUUGCGGCCGGAGCCCGGAGCGCGGCCUUCUCCGCCGCAAAAGGCUGCGCUACCCUGGGAAGCGCCGGGCCCCGUCCAGCUCCGCUUGCAGGCCCGCCGGCUGAAGCGCGCCGCGUAUAACAACCGGCACGGCAAGCGGCACGGCAAGAAGACGCGGCUGCGGUGCACCAAGAAGGCGCUGCACGUGAACUUCAAGGACCUGGGCUGGGACGACUGGAUCAUCGCCCCGCUCGAGUACGAGGCCUACCACUGCGAGGGCGUGUGCGACUUCCCGCUCCGCUCGCACCUGGAGCCCACCAACCACGCCAUCAUCCAGACCCUCAUGAACUCCAUGGAUCCGGCCGCCACGCCGCCCAGCUGCUGCGUGCCGGCCAAGCUGACGCCCAUCAGCAUCCUCUACACGGACGCGGGAAACAACGUGGUGUACAAACAGUACGAGGACAUGGUGGUGGAGUCCUGCGGGUGCAGGUAGCGGCGCGCCUCCGUCCCCGGCUGCCCCUUGGAGCGGAAGGGCGGACGGGGAAAGCCUCGCGGGGAGGGAAACUUCCACGGCGGAGAGCGCGCGCGAGAGAGAGACAGGCACGCGAUGGGAAAGCGGACGGAAGCGCGCCACGUGCGAAUCCCCCUCCUGCACUGGGGAGGGAAGAAUGGACGGCUCCGGACUGCGCUUGCGCAAUGUCUGCUUCGGGGAUUCGAGGUCCUGCUCCUUAAAGAGCCGGGAGGGAGAGAGAGAAAAGUACAGUGGCGGGUGCCAUUUUGGGAACAGCCUCAGUGUUUCCGCGUCCAGGCAAAGCCGUCUAUCCUAGCUAGGAUGGGAGAUUUUACAGGUGAACAGAGUUGGAAGGGAACUUGUAGGUCAUCUAGUCCAACCCCCCGACCCGGUUUUGCUCAGAAAACACGUGGCAAAAGUUGCUCUGAAGGUUGAUCGAUCGACGUCUCUCCUCGACUGGAGGCUGGAACGACCCAAAAUAGUAGUGAUCCGUUUAGCAGAAAUUUAAGCCUUGAUUUUGAAUCCGGAAACACAAGAUUUUCUGGGAUAAUUCACUGCCCCUUUCCUCGUAGUAUAAUGUCCUUGUAGUUUCUGGAAG